AUGAAUCAAGAAGCAAAGAAAAUAACAAAUAACCUUUAUGGACGAGUCAACGCGCCAGUUGUCGAAAGAUGUCGCGUUAACUUUUGCACAGACUUGGAAAAGUCAGUUUUGAUGAGCAACUUUGAGCGGCGUGGGUGGAACCAAGUUGGGCCGGACGAUGAAUGGAACUUCUACUGGGCAUCUACGCAGACGUGCAGAAACUUAUUCAGUGUCGAAAGCGGAUAUCGAAUGAAUGACAACCAAAUGAUAAAUCACUUUCCAAACCAUUACGAGUUGUCCCGAAAAGACUUGUUAGUGAAAAAUAUAAAACGUUAUCGAAAGGAACUUGAAAGGGAGGGCAACCCGCUCGCUGAAAAGGCAGAGGUCGCAUUACAUGGAGGUCAAAUUGUGACGCGAUAUGUUCAUCUCGAUUUUGUACCAGUUACGUUCGUCCUUCCAGCUGACUACAACAUGUUUGUCGAAGAAUAUCGUAAAUCACCCCAAAGUACUUGGAUCAUGAAACCGUGUGGGAAAUCUCAAGGAACCGGCAUUUUCCUUAUAAACAAACUAUCUAAACUGAAGAAAUGGUCUCGUGAGGCAAAAACACCAUUCCAUCCGCAACUUACAAAGGAAAGUUACGUUAUUUCACGUUAUAUAGACAAUCCCUUACUAAUAGGGGGCAAAAAGUUUGAUCUGAGACUUUAUGUGUUAGUUACAUCUUUCCGACCUCUGAAAGCUUAUCUGUUUCAACUUGGUUUUUGUAGAUUUUGUACAGUAAAAUACGACACAAGUGUAACGGAGUUAGAUAAUAUGUACGUGCAUCUUACAAAUGUUAGUGUACAAAAGCAUGGAGGCGAUUAUAAUAAUAUUCACGGUGGUAAAAUGACUGUGCAGAAUUUAAAAUUAUAUUUAGAAGGUACUAAAGGUAGGGCGGUGACAGAUAAAUUGUUUGCGGCUAUGCAGUGGCUUAUAGUACAUUCUUUAAAAGCCGUUUCUUCUGUGAUGGCUAAUGAUAGACAUUGUUUUGAGUGCUAUGGCUAUGACAUUAUAAUUGAUAAUCAGUUGAAGCCUUGGUUGGUAGAAGUCAAUGCCUCUCCUUCUUUAACGUCUACCACGGUCAAUGACAGAAUAUUGAAAUAUAAGCUAAUAGACAACAUUAUAUCUGUAGUCCUUCCUCCUGAUGGCGUGCCAGAUGUGCGCUGGAAUAAAUUGCCUAAUACCGAAGCUUUAGGUAAUUUUGAUUUGCUUAUUGAUGAAGAACUAUUAGAAAAAGACGAGCCAUCUGGGUCUCAUAGCCGUGGUGCCAAAAGUAAAUAUAAAUGA